UGCACAACUAAGGAUACCCAUGUAAAAAAUCUAAAUUGAAACCCCAUGUAAAAAUACGGUUGACAAACUAGCCCUAAGUGUUUGUUAGAGGUACGCCGAUUCGAACCAUCCAGUCUCCGUGUCCAGUCGAGUCUCAGCAAGGAAGAUGUGGGGGAAAGGAAAGAAGCGUUUCGGCGGUGGCGGCAGCGGUGAGCCCGCGGCCAAGCGCCAGGCCGCGAGGGACGAUGGCCCCUCCGAAUCCGCUGAAGACGGUACCGUCGUAGCCGAGAUAUCGAAGAACAAGAAGGUGUCCGUUAGGAGCUGGAAAGGCAGGGUCUUCGUCGACUUACGCGAGUUCUACUUCAAGGACGGCAAGACUCUCCCCACCCGCAAAGGUAUAUCACUCCAAUUAGAUCAGUUUUUCUUCGCAGUGAAAUGCCAAGAUGCACACACGUAUGCCAUGAUAACAAUUUCUAGCUGCUAUUGAACUCCUGGCAAAUGGAAGAUACUGAAGGACAACAUCAAAGCCAUAAAUGAGGCAAUCGAGGAAAAUACAUGAUGGGAGCCGCCAAGCAGUCACGUGACGGGCGAGCUUUUGCUUCUUCUCUGUUUGAGGCCUGAUGUACGGAAGUAGUUUUUGUUGCCCAUAUGCUGCCGUGUUGCUUUUGUCCAUUUGACCACCUGCUGUUGUAGGUGGCCGCAUGGCCGAAAGGUUUGGUUUCUGCCCCGUGCUACUAGUAAACUUAAACGUCGGACGGAUGACGUAACUUCUCACUAUUAUCUUGUAGCCAAAAACAGCUUGUUAGGAUUGCAGAACUAAGAUUUAGUGUAAAAAUGAUCCGGUUUCUUUCUUGCUUUAUUAUGUGAUCAUCAUGAGAGUAUUUUGCCACCUUGGCAUUCA